CGGGAACCGGAAGUCCUUCGGAAACAUGGUGGGGCCGUAAUCCCUUCCGUGCUCCUCUCCUCUCAGAUGGUGGCGGCGUCUAGGAGGAAGGGAGGUUACUCUUUUCCCUGAGGGGACUGGUAGGGCUCUGAGCACGGCCCUGCUUCAGGCCGGCCGGCAAAGAUGGCGGCGAUGGGGGGGAGUUCCCGAAGUGUCGUGGAGUACUUUGGGGGAGAGGACGGCUAUCGCUGCGGCUACUGCAAAAACGACACGGGCAACCUUUCCCAUGGCAUGUGGGCUCAUUCGUUGACUGUUCAAGAUUACCAAGAUCUUAUAGAUCGAGGAUGGCGAAGGAGUGGAAAAUAUGUUUAUAAGCCAGUUAUGAAUCGGACAUGUUGUCCUCAGUACACAAUAAGAUGCCAGGUUUUACAUUUCCAACCCUCUAAAUCGCAUAAGAAGGUUCUAAAGAAGAUGUUGAAAUUGAUUACAAAAGGGGAGAUUUCUAAAAUAAAUAGUGAAGUGGAACCCAUGGAUUCCCACGCAGAAGAUACUGAUGGCAGUAGUUUUUUGCUAAAAGAUGAACCAGACACCAGCCAGUCUGAACUAAAACCUUUGAAUACUGAUCAUAUAGAGAAGGUGGAAAGCGAAGAGGAAGAAGUGAAAGGAGAAGGAUCUGUAAAGAAAGAGGACUCUAAACAUACUGAAUCAUGUAAUGAGAAAGCUAAUGCCAACUUCAGCAAUGCAGUGGAGUCCACUAAAGUUGGCCGUGCAACUCCUAAACCAGGCAGAGGAGCUGACUUGAGUAAACCACCAUGUCGUAAAGCCAAGGAGAUACGGAAGGAACAAAAAUUGCAGAGAAACCUUCAGAGCCAAAUCCGGAACCCUGUGCUUGAAACAGAGUCUCAGCUUUUGCUUGGUCAGAAAUCUCAGCCUAAAACCAAUCAGCCAAAAUCAGUUGAAGACUUCAUUUUUGUCACCCUAGCUCCUGAAGCUGUACACCAGUUGGAGGUGAGGUUGGUGAGAUCAUCUCCACCAAGUUUCCAGUUCAAAGCCACAUUUCAGGAGUCUUACCAAGUCUAUAAACGUUACCAGAUGGUUAUUCACAAGGACCCACCUGAUAAACCAACCGCCAGUAAGGUGAGGCUAGUGCCAGUCUCUUUUGAGGACCCACAGUUCAAAUCAUCUUUUGCCCAGUCUGCCACUUUAUUUGCCAAGUAUCAGAUGGCCAUACACAAGGAUACUCCUUAUGAAUGUAACGAGCACCAGUUCACCAGGUUUCUCUGUGACUCUCCUCUUGAGGCAGAAAAUCCACGUUCUGGUCCUGAUUGUGGCUAUGGCUCUUUUCAUCAGCAGUAUUGGUUUGAUGGAAAGAUAAUUGCUGUGGGUGUAAUUGAUAUCCUUCCAAAGUGUGUGUCCUCUGUGUAUCUCUACUACGAUCCUGACUAUUCUUCUUUAUCUUUAGGAGUCUAUUCUGCAUUAAGGGAAAUUGCAUUUACUAGGCAACUUCAUGAAAAGGCCUCUGACCUAACCUAUUACUACAUGGGGUUUUAUAUUCAUUCGUGCCCUAAAAUGAGAUAUAAGGGCCAGUAUAGACCUUCUGACUUGCUGUGUCCAGAGACAUAUGUCUGGGCACCGAUUGAACAAUGCCUGUCUUCUCUUGAGAAUUCAAAAUAUUGUCGCUUCAAUCAGGACUUAAAAGCAGAAGAUGAAGGGAGUUUAAAGGAACUAAGUCGUGUUCGGAUUCUCCAUAAGAGAACAGUCAUGCCUUACAGCAUAUAUGAGAGAAGGCGAAAAGGACCAAAUGACGAAAAAAGUGUUCAGGAAUAUGCAACUUUGGUUGGACAGGCAUGUUCAGAGAGGAUGUUGCUCUUUAGAAGCUAAAGGGUUUGUUUUGUAGGGGUUGCCUGGCACUAUAUAUUAUUGCACUAUUGCUGGAUUCUACACUUGCUGUUUUGUGUUUAUACACCUGUUGAAAAUAGAAUCAUAUAAAAUAUCUUGUGCUUUUUAGGAAUGUAUGCAUUGACAUUUCUUUAAAGGAAAAUACUAUUUUUGGCAUCUUAUGCUGUCAGAAUAUAAAGAUUUCUUGGUGAAUUUGUUUUAUUUCUCAGUCAUAGGCCCCCUCCUUGCAUUCUGAGAAAUGUGUAUAGUGUGACGUACAUAAGUGUUUGGAACAUGGUUUAUCUUGUAGGGCUUUGUAUAUACCUAUUAGGGGGAGUAUUUAAAAGCAAGGGUGCACCAACAUCUGCCUUCCAUUUAUGUUGUUUUUUUCAGCAGCAGAAAUGGGACAAUUUCACCUAGGUCUCCCAUUGAAACUCUAGCAGAAAUCCAAGGGGGAUGGAAAGGGAGCUUAUCAGAAGCAGCGGCAGUUAUCUUACUUUCUAACUGUUAAGCUGUCUAAGUAAAAAAAAAAAAAGGCAACAGACAUGCCACCUGUCUCCUCACCAUUGCCUUUCUUCCCUGGAGUGUGCCAAUGAAGGACGUGUCAUGUGAUGUGAUGCAUCCUUCCUGGAUGCAUUCCAAGAAGGAAAAUGGCAUCAGUGGGGACAAGGUUGAGCAUCUGCUAGUGGCUGCUUCUUGCUUUUUCCAGAAAGCUUAACUACUUUUUUAAAAAGAAAAAAAGAAUCACUGCUACUUCUGCUGGAUUUUUUUCAUGCCCCCCCCCCAAACCUUUCCUGCAGCUUUUGUCAGCACCUCCCCGCCCAUGAAAGCUGCAGGGAUUCCUACCCCAGCCCUGGACCUCAGUAAUGAUGCUGGAAAUCUGGCAAAUUGCUGGAGUUCAAUUCUUUGGCCUCAGUCCUAAUUUCAAGGUACCUGGGUGCUAAAGUGUAUGCAAGUUGUAGUGAAAUGUAUAAAAUUCAACCAGUGUUUUGUUUGACUUACUAUAGGAGUCCUAAAUGCAGCUGAAUGUUAGUAUUAUUCUAGAACCCAGUUAAACUAGACUGUUUAGAAAUAAACAUGUUUUUCUCCCAUUAAAUCGAAUUGCGAAAACCAGUUAAAUUCCUUGGAGUGGGCUUGGUUUAUAGAAUCUAUAGAAUACUAUAUGGUAUAAUAUAAAGCCAUGUAAUGUACAUCAAUGCAGUAGCUUUUUAGGCAUUCACUGCAAAUUUUUAAUUCAUUCAAACUAAUGUCUGUAGUAGUUUUUGAAUACUAAGUAACUUGAACAUUUGGAGUUGAUGUUUCUGUAAUGAAAUUGAUCCUUUGGAAAUGGGUCCCCAUAUUGGAAUUGAAUUGAAGGAAAGGUUUGUGAUCAAAUUACCAAAGAGAUUUGUUUAAAUAGGCAAGUGGUUGCAUCCUGAUGUGCAUCCCUGGAUUUAUUUAUUUUUUAUAUUGCUAAUGCCUAUUUGUGUUCAUUACAGAAUUCUGGGAUUCCAUUUCCAGCAAAACAUAACAGUUUGACAUGAAGAGAUACUAUUUUUUUAUUUAAAUGCCACAACUGAAUAGAUAGAAUACAAUUGUCUCUACUACUCCUGUAUAGCUGUUUAACUGGCACUGCUAAUGUUGCUCACACAAGCAUUCUGAAUUUAAUUAAAAUCAUAAAAUAUACAGCAAAAAAUUAUGAUUCUUCUCAUAGGGAUCCUUUUAUCAGUUUCUGUCAUUUUCUAAUAGUGCAGCUUAUCCAACAAUAUAUUUUGAAAUUGUUUACAUUUCUGGUUAAAAGAAUACUUUAAACUGAUAUGGAGAUACCAGCCUUGAGUCAGAGAUUCUCAGACAAUGUGGCUGCAUGUUGGUGCAGUGAUGGUCUGCUUUGCUAAACAGAAAGUUGGUAUUUACAGUGCUGAUCAUCUGCUAGGGGAAGAACAAGUCUCACUGAACAGUAGAGAUCCUGGUGGAUUGUGUCAUUUAGAAUUGCAAGCUCCUCCCAAAAGACAUAUUUCAGUACUUUUUCUUGCGUUGCACUCAAGUCCUUUUUCUGAAUAUAGCUUGCUUAGUUGUAAUCAUAAAUCAAGAUACUGUUCCACAUGAUUUGAUAUGCUUCACAGGCUUUAUAAAAUGUACCUGAAUCUAAGAUGUAUUAAUGUACAGCACUGGAAGAUGGUUUUAUUGAUUAGAACUUCUUAGCUGCUCUGAGCAGCAUGACAUGAAGGACCAGAUAGGUGGUGGUGGUGAUUUUACAUUUUAUAUCCCGCUCUUCCUCCAAGGAGCCCAGAGCGGUGUACUACAUACUUAGGUUUCUCCUCACAACAACCCUGUGAAGUAGAUUAGGCUGAGAGAGAAGUGACUGGCCCAGAGUCACCCAGUUAGUAUCAUGGCUGAAUGGGGAUUUGAACUCGGGUCUCCCCGGUCCUAGGCCAGCACUCUAACCACUACACCAUGCUGGCUCUCUUCCUGAAAUCACCUAAGUUCUUGGGAAAGGUUUAAACGUGUAUUUCAUAUCCAGGAUCCCCGAGAUAAAUGUUGGAACCUAACUGAGGUUAUAUCUAGUCUUAUAAUAUAUAGGUAUUUUGUGAAGGCUUUUUGGUUCUUCACAAAAGCUGUCUCCCCAGAGUUCCUACCUGCUCAGCUGUCAAGGCAUUGUGGACCUAAAGCAUUCAUCAGUGAACUUUAAAGAUGUUCUUUUGGAUGAAAGAAAACACUGUAAUCCAAUUCCUUUUCCAGCAGAACAUAUUAAUAUUCCCAAUAUUGUGGAGGGAACAAUCACAAAUGACACAAGGAUAUAACAGUUGUCUUUAGAUGCUGUAAAGGAAAAGCUGAAGUGAUUUUGUCUAAGGAUGGAGAUGUUUGGUCCAUCACUGCAACUGGAGAUUUCCCCAAGGGGAAAUUAUGCACUUCUCAUUUUUAGAUGAGACUCAAAAGCAUGGGAAAGGAAGCAUGAGCUAUUUGUCCCUCUCUUGCCACUGCUUUGGAAGACCUUUUGAUUCAGACAAGGGAGCCAUAUGCAAAGGGAAACAAACCUCCUUGUACUCACCACUCUAUAUUGGAGGAGAAGUCCACCUGAACCAAAAUAUGGUGGUCAAUGCCCAGUUCACACAAUACCUUCAGCGGCAUGGUUGUGGCUGCCCCAUGCCCCCCCCGAGUAAUGUCACACUAUGUACAGCAUUGUGUACUGGACUAGUUACAGCAUAUAACAUACAAAACAGUUCAGCAGAUGUGAUGUUGAGUGGACCUUCUGUCAAGUAGCACAUGUAAGCUUUCCUGAGCAUUUUCAUAUACUCACAAUUUUUUGACUAAAUUACGUUUCUCUUAUGUUGACAUUAAAAACUCUUUUCCUGAGUAAUGCAAACAAUACUUGAUUUAUUACAUAUGAAAUGGAAAGCAUUCAUUUAGAAUACACGGUGAGCUUCUUCAUUUAUGACUGCAUACUACAUGUAAUUUUUCUCUGUUCUCAUUUUAGUAUCAUUUCCUGUGAAUGUAUGAGAAAGUCAAUAGCUAUAAUCUUCUUUAAUUAUGUGUUUCACUAGCUUAGAACAAUAACUGUGUUCAAGAAAUGAGUUCUACAGCUUUGAUGAACUAAUAUUUUGAAAAAUUGUCAUAUUGUUCUUCAUAUACCUAUACUGUAUUUCCUUGGGUUAAAGGGCAGGGUUUGUCCCUAAAAUAAACACAAAGGUAUUUCA